AUGUCUGACGGAGCAAACCAGAGCCUGGAAAUUUAUUGCGGCUCCAGCCCACCCAGGGCCGUGGAUAUUUUAAAGAAUUUAAGUUUGCCUGCUAUCAUCUUAUACACUGUUCUCACUCUAAUGGCUGUAAUUGCAAAUCUUGUGUAUUUUGAGGAAAUUAUCUACCUGUUAAGAAAAGUCCCUGCCACAAACAGGCGAACAACUAUAAUGUGGGUGAGCGGGGCUGCACCUGUGAUUGCAUCUACAUCCUGUGUAGGGAUGUGGAUUCCUCUAGCAUCAAUGAUCACAGAUUUGACGACAGCAGUGUAUUUUGCAAUUGUCAUCCAUAAAUUCCAGCGAAUGAUGAUAGAAGAAUUUGGAGGUGAUGAGCUAUUCUUGAAACGAUUUCAGAAUACACCUGUCAAGAUUAGUACAGGACCCUGUUGUUGCUGUUGUCUUUGUUUGCCUUUUGCAAAGAUUUCAAGGCGCUUGAUGUUCUUAUUGAAAUUGGGAACAUUUCAACUUGCUUUCUUACGGCCAGUCCUAAUGAUCUUCACAUUAGUUCUUUGGGUGAAUGGGACAUUUAGUCUGGAUGAUCUUUCUGCUAGUGGACCUGCAAUAUGGAUUAACUCUUCCCUUGGUGUGUCCACAAUAGUUGCACUGUGGCCUAUUGGAAUUGUUUUUAACAAAGUUAAAGGUGAACUAAAAAAUCAGAAGAUAAUUCCAAAAUUCACUCUUUAUCAGAUUUCAUUCAUUCUCACUCAACUCCAAGCUGCCAUUAUCAACAUAACAGCACUGUCAGGUGGCAUUGCCUGUGCACCUCCACUUUCACCCACUGCCAGAGGAGGAUAUAUGAACCAGCAGCUUCUCAUUAUGGAGAUGUUCAUUAUCACUUUGUUAUCACGAAUCUACUAUCGGAGAAAAUACAAUCAACAACAAAUAGAUGAAUUGCAACCUCCAGUAAAAACACAAGAGAACCAAAACCUCUCAAAUGGUACCAAAACAGAAGCUGAAACUAUGAGAGUGUAA